GCCGGGGUCGGGGCGCCUCUUUCCGCAGCCGUCCCGCCCCGGGGAGGGGGCAGCGGCCGCCUCCGGCCACACCUGUGGCGCAGCGGCGGAGGAAGCGCCCGAGGUCGGCGCAGACGGGUCGGCGCCCGGCGGCACCAUGACGGUGGGUGCGCGGCUGGGCGCCAAGGUGAGRGGCAGGUUCUCCCGCCGCGGGGCCGGCGACGACCAGGUCUCCAUCCUGCCCGGCGAGGAGGAGGAGGAGGCGGCUGUGGGGGCCCAGGGCAGCGCGGGAGCACCGUUGCCGGCGGCGCUGCCGGAGGAGGAGGAGGAGGAGGAGGAGGGCACCGGGGCCAAGAAGGUGCGCUUCGCCGCCCUGCCCGGCUCCUACGAGCCGCUGCGCCCGCCGCGGGGCUCCGGCAAGCGGCCCUACGGAAAGCGCCUCAAGAAGUACGGGAAGAAUGUUGGCAAAGUUCUGCAGAAGGGAUGUCACUACUUGGUGGUCGGCCUGCAAGGAUUAGCAGCAGCCUAUUCUGCUCCCUUUGGAGUGUCAGCACAUGUGGCAUCCUUUGUCCGCUAGCACAACUCUGUGUGCCCCACGGGAGAGGACGUGAGGCCAUUGCUGCUUUCUCAGGAUWAAACUUGAGACCUGGAUCUGAAAAACCUCUUGGACCAACAGCCCCGARCCCCUGCAUCAGUCCCUUUCCCAAGACUGCUCUUCUCUGAAAAAGCUUUCAGCGCUUUAAAAAAUCAGAUYGGGUCAAAGAAGUGUAAGGAUGAGAAAAUUAUCUUUGAUUAAUUGAAGUUUGGUUUURGGCAUAAAUUGGUUUUCCAGAGCUUCAUGCUCUGUGUGGAGAGGAGCCAAGGAUGGGUGGAAAAGCAAGUAGAUGAGGGAGAGAGAAAUGAAGGAAAACAGAGGAUGGGAGAGCAGCUGGGGAGGUGGAGAUGAGUUUGGGUAGUGAGAGGAAUUGUCAAARCAGUGGAGGAAAGAGAUAACAAAGGAUCAGGAAAAGAUGGUCUUUGGUUUUCUGAGAUUCUGAGUUUGGUGGUGUUUUUACCUGAGAGGGUUAAGAUUAUGAGUGUACUUAAAAAUAUACUUGGAUGUAAAUGGGCUGUGGCCUGAGAUAUGGAGACUGCUGCAUUGUGGUUGUUCAUUUCAAACACGGGACAUAAUGAGUCUUUAAAUAAUCUUAAGAAUURUGUAAAAAUACAGAAAGAAAAUUAGGUGUGUAUUUGUGAUUUUGGGGCAUUAAAGGCUCAUUGUGUUUGACAUUUUAAACUUUCCCUCUGAUAUUAUGAAACCUGCAUGUAUUUUUUUACUGAGAGUAGAGUUUAUAUGUGAUAUACCUGAUUCUGGAAGCUGGGGCAUUUUAUACCUAAUUCUGUAGCAUUCAUCA